ACUCAACUCAAGCUUACACCAGCAACCCUUUCACUCUGAUGUAUUGUAAAAUCGACGCCAUCAGCUUAUGUUUUGCAUGUUUACAUAAAUCAUGCUAAAAUCAAGGCAGCAGACAUCACACAAUCAAAAUUUUACGUUCAUUGCCCAGACGCCUUCAACUAAAUCUGAUAAGAAAAACCAAAGGAUUGUGAGAAGUCAUGCACGCUCUAACUCGGCUCGAAAAAAUAAGGGCCAAGUCAAGUCAUGGAUAUUAAACCAAAAAGAGUGCAUGGUGCUGCAGGUUCCUGACGGAACUAUUCCAGGUCGCGUUGGGACAAACUUCUCUUUACUUGAUUUUCCUGAGCCCUUACAGGCAUACAUGGAAAAUGACAUCUUUCGAUCGUUUCAUGGGAUGAGAGGAUCAUUAUAUCCCUCUGAGAUAUGUCUCCAAGUAGAUGAGAUGAAAUCAUCUUGGACUACAAACCUCCUGGUCGACCAAGUAUACUUUCACUCUAUCAUGUUCUCGGUAGAAGUGUACUUCGACAUGCUUCUCGGACGAGACUACGGCAGCCUUGCACACUUUCACUUUUUGAAAACGCUCAGGCUUCUUCAAGCAAGAAUAAACAAUCCCAAAGACCCAACGUCUAUCUCAGACGCGACUAUCAUGGUAGUUGUUAUCCUGGGCCUAGCAGCUGAGAUGAUAGGUGACCGGACAGCAGCUGAGAAUCAUGCUACUGGUAUGGCAAGGAUAGUGGAUCUAAGGGGUGGGCUUGAGAUGUUGAGAUUUGAUAAUCCCAGAUUACCGGCCAAAGUUUGCAGAGUUGACAUUGGCCUAGCCCUUCGCUUCGGCUGCAAGCCAGUCUUUUUCGACAAAGACAUGUCCUGGAACCCAUACCUUUCCAGUCAAGAUUUCGUUCGCGGUAAAAGGAAGCAUCCGGAUACGAACCACGACAUGGAAGCCUUUUUGAAAACUCUUGAUCCUAGAUUAUCAAACGUAUGGAGAGAUCUCGAAGAGUUCGCAAAGCUCAGCAACAUCGCCAGCCAAAUUGGUCGGAAACUUCAACCCACUAUCUUUAGCGAAGCCAUGGUAUCGAUUCUCUACCGACUACUCGCUCUGUCUCCCGAAUCAGCUUCAGAGAUUGCUUUCCGACUUGGAAUGAUGACGUUCGCUGCAUCUAUCUUCUUUCGAUGGAGGGAUAUGAAGCAAAGGCAAGCAUAUCUGGAUGAUUCCUUCAGGGAUGCCUUAAUAGAGUUGAAGAAGGCCGCGACUCGGCCGCCUUCUACUGUUCUUUUGUGGCUUUUGAUGAUUUGGAGAACAAAUUCUGUUCAAGAUGGUGGUGAUCAAGCCAUUGAGGGGUGGAUUUUGGAAGUUAUGGAUGGUUUGGCGAUAUGUUCAUGGUCUGAACUUCAUAACGUCUUGAAAUCUGUUCUUUGGGUUGAUUGUUUGUUAGAUGCAUCAAGCAAACGAAUUCUUGAGCCUAUACUGGAGAAGGCUGCUAUAAAAGGGGCGGGGGUUGAUUCAUGAAGUACUGCUCAGUAAAAUCUUGUCGCCUCUUGGGAAUUCCAUAUUGGCUUUGUCUUCUAUAUAAGUCCUUUAAUUUGAAGCCACUCUGGUUUUUCAGCUUCAUAUGUUCCUGAACAAGCCGCCUCAACACAUCCUGCAAGGCUUCCAAAG